GUGGGAAAACGAUUACAAACUCUGAGUGCAGUUAGAGGAUCCUGGCAGGCCGAGUGGCUGGACCCAGCCUGAGCUCUGUCUCUGACUCUUUUCUGACUUUAGGCAAGUUCUCCAAUGGGAAAAAUGGCGAAGAUGUUUAGUUUCAUGCUUGUCACCACUAUCCUGGUAAUAGGCAGGGAAAGCUGGGCUCUCGAGAACUGUCUCCAGGAACAGGCACGUCUCAGAGCCCAGGUGCACCUGCUUGAGACCCGGGUCAAACAGCAACAGGUCAAGAUUGCACAGCUUUUGCACGAGAAGGAAAUCCAGUUCCUGGAAAGAGGAGAGGAGAAUAGUGUCAUUGACCUUGGAGGCAAGAGGCAAUAUGCAGAUUGUUCGGAGAUUUUCAAUGAUGGGUACAAGCGCAGUGGAUUUUACAAAAUCAAACCUCUCCAGAGCCUAGCAGAAUUCUCUGUUUAUUGUGACAUGUCUGAUGGAGGAGGAUGGACUGUAAUUCAGAGACGAUCCGACGGCAGUGAGAACUUUAGCAGAGGCUGGGAUGACUAUGAAAAUGGCUUUGGAAAUUUUGUCCAAAAAAACGGCGAAUAUUGGCUGGGUAAUAAAAAUCUUCACUUGUUAACCACUCAAGGAGACUACACUUUAAAAAUCGACCUUGCAGAUUUUGAAAAAAAUAGCAAUUAUGCCCAAUAUAAAAAUUUCAAAGUUGGAGAUGAAAAGAAUUCCUAUGAGUUGAAUAUCGGGGAAUAUUCUGGAACUGCUGGAGAUGCACUUGGCGUAAAUUUUCACCCUGAGAUGCAAUGGUGGGGUAGUCACCAAAACAUGAAAUUCAGCACAUGGGACAGAGAUAAUGACAACUAUGAAGGGAACUGUGCAGAAGAAGAUCAGUCCGGCUGGUGGUUCAACAGAUGUCACUCUGCAAACCUGAAUGGUUUAUAUUACCCAGGCUCCUAUCGCGCUGAAACCGACAACGGGAUUAUCUGGCACACUUGGCAUGGAUGGUGGUAUUCUUUGAAAUCCGUGGUUAUGAAAAUUAGGCCAAAUGAUUUUAUUCCAAAUAUUGUUUAAUUGUCCCUUGUGGGCUUUCAUUUCUGCAAUUCAUCUUGGUUUAAAGUGAUUUGAAAAAUAGCAAUUCUGAACACGUAGAUAUAUGAUCGCCAUCAUAAUUGUGAUGUGUAUUACUUUUAAUUCUCAACUUGAUUUUAAUACUUAAUGUCAUUUCAGUACAGCAAAUAUAUGAUAUUCACCAAAUAAAUGUAUAUUAUGUUAAUA